AUGGUGGAAGCUCCCAACGUUCCCAUGUAUGAUCCUUUGCAUUUCGCGAGUCCAGAUUGGCGCCAGGCGCAAUGGCAGGCAAGGCUUGCGUUGGUUGUGCAGGCAAGGGUAGUCAAGGAAGAGAUCAAAGCCAAAUUGGACGAACAAUUUGAGAUCUUCAAGGCCGCGAACAUCCUCACCAAAACGCAACGCGCCCAGGGUUGA